CCGGUGGCCAGACCCAUUCGUCGUAUACCACUACCACUUGAAGCUAAAGUCCGAAUCGAAUUAGAACGACUAGUCAAUAUGGGAGUACUUCAACCUGUCGAAUCGUCGAAACUGAUUUCCUGGUGUACACCAAUCGUUAUCGUUCGUAAACAAAACGAGGAAAUACGUAUUUGUGGCGAUUUUAAAACCACUUUGAAUGAAGUUAUACCUCGAGAUCAUUACACUAUUCCCUCUCUCGAUUCGUUAUUGGUUAAACUAUCUGGUAGUAGCCUUUUUUCGGUUAUUGAUUUAAAGGACGCCUUUAAUCAAAUACCUAUUGAGGAAGACUCACAAUCAUUGUUAACAAUCGGUACUCCUUAUGGUUAUUAUAAAUAUACUAGAUUGCCUUUUGGGUUAUCUGUCGCUCCGAAUUUAUUUCAAAGGGUCAUGGAUGAUUUAUUACGAGAUAUUCCGAAUGUAGCCGUGUACUUGGAUGACAUAAUCGUAUUGGAACGACUCAACAAAGCAGGGUUUUGUAUCAAAGAACAGAAAUUAACUCUCGCCAAAUCUGAAAUUCGUUAUUUGGGAAUGGUAUUAGACCGUAAGGGACUACGUCCUGACGGCGAUAAGUUAAAAUGUAUUCGUAACAUGCCAAAACCGACGAAUGUCAAACAAUUAAAAUCUUUUCUAGUGCGUUGGGCAUGGAAAUUAUCGGCGUAUGAUUACGAUAUAGAGUAUCGUUCGGGAUCUACCAAUAUAGUAGCUGACGCGUUAUCACGUUUGCCAGUUAACGACUUUUCAAGCGAUCAUGACGACAAAGUCAUUGCUUCUCUCCUGACAGCCGAUUUAUCAAAAUUUAAAAUACAAAAACAGGAACUAAUACAGGAGACGUCAAAGGAUUACAUCUUAAGCCGCAUUUUGGUGUAUGUUCAAAACGGCUGGCCUACAAUUUGUACAGAUCCUUCUUUAGUACCAUAUUUUCAGCGAAGAACCGAAAUACAACUGGUAGAUGGACUCCUUUUAUUUAAUGGCAGACUCAUUAUUCCGAGUUGUUUACGCGAGCGUACGUUAAAAACAUUUCAUGAAGGCCACCUGGGCACGAAUUCGAUGAAAUCGUGGAUUCGUUAUUACACUUACUGGCCUAAAAUUGACGAAGAUGUUGUCCGUUUUAUUAAACUCUGUGCACCGUGUCAACGUCAUAGGAAUGCGAUACCCGAAGUCCAAUUAUCACCCUGGUAUCCGGACGUUGAAAAAGGUGAAAGAAUCAGCAUCGAUAUUGCUGGUCCGAUGGACGAUAAAAAAUUUUGGGUCGUCAUUGUAGAUGCACACACCAAAUGGGCGGAAAUCCAGUCUGUUUCUUCGGUAACGUCGACAAGAAUAAUUAGAAUCUUACGCGCUUAUUUCGUACGAUUUGGUUACGCCCGUGAAGUUCUCUCAGAUAACGGUCCACAGUUUAGAAGUCUUGAAUUUAAACAAUUUUUAGAACGUUAUGGUAUUACCCAUAUUAAAGCCACUCCUUAUCACCCAAGAACAAAUGGAGGGGUAGAAAGGGCGAUACAAACCUUCAAACGACGUUAUUAUGCCGCUCGGGAAGAAGGAUUGUCACCUGAAGAUGCAUUAGCAGACGUAAUUUUCGAUUAUCGGAAUUCGGUGCAUUCAGCGACAAACUUAUUGCCAGCUAAUCUAAUGUUUGGUCGUAAUUUAAAAUGUA